CGGUGCCGGAAGUACUCGGGGAGGGCCGAGCAGUCGGACCGGCUGCUGAGACGAACGCUUCACUGGGGCAGUCUCCGCAUAUCAUGGGGAGAUAGACGCUGCUGCCUGUAGCUUUUGAAAAUGGCUGCCUCUCAUUUCACCGGGCUCACAGCUGUUGCUGAUGUAAUUAAAGAUCUAGACACUCAGAUAGCUUUGAUUGGCCUUGGUCCUCAUAGCUCCAAAAAGAAACAAGAUCUCGAUAAGCUCUAUGAGCUGAAGUCCAAAGCACGGCAGAUUAUGAACCAGUUUGGCCCCUCAGCCCUAAUCAACCUCUCCAAUUUCUCAUCGAUAAAACCGGAACCAGCUAGCACCCCUCCACAAGGCUCCAUGGCCAAUAGCACUACAGUGGUAAAGAUCCCAGGCACUCCUGGGACAGGAGGGCGUCUCAGCCCUGAAAACAAUCAGGUAUUGACCAAGAAGAAAUUACAAGACUUAGUAAGAGAAGUGGAUCCUAAUGAGCAAUUGGAUGAAGAUGUGGAGGAGAUGCUGCUGCAGAUCGCUGAUGAUUUUAUCGAGAGCGUGGUGACAGCAGCCUGCCAGCUUGCUCGGCAUCGCAAGUCCAGCACACUGGAAGUAAAGGAUGUCCAGCUGCAUCUAGAACGCCAGUGGAACAUGUGGAUCCCAGGGUUUGGCUCUGAAGAAAUCCGACCCUACAAAAAAGCUUGCACCACAGAAGCUCAUAAACAGAGAAUGGCAUUGAUCCGGAAAACAACCAAGAAAUAACACAUGGAAAGGUCAGGGAAUGGACAACAAUGUAUUUGGAGAUACUUGAGCUGAGACCUCAGCCAUCUCAUCCUUGGAUUUUUUUUUUUUUUUUUAAUGCUUUACAGAGAAGCAUAUAUUUUUUAUUAACAGUGCAGCAAUAUCUAUAAUGACUGAGAAGAUCUGCCAAAAGAAUAAAGCCUCCUACCCCAACUUCCAGUCCCAUUUUCCUCCCGUCUCAAAGAAGAGCAGUGUAUCUUCCAGAGAAGAUUUUAUUUGGUUUAUUAUAUAAGUGAUUGACUAGGGGACAAAGCAUUAUGGUCUUGUUUGGUGAGGCAGUAUUAACAGGAUUUUAGAGAUUUUUUUUUUUCCUUCUCCCUUCCCCUUUUCCCUGUACUUUGUAAUGUCAGUGUUUAUAUGAAUAUGAUUUUCAUUUCCUUUUCCAGAAUAAAGAAGUUAUUAGUCAAAAGACA